GAUAACGCUAAUCCUCGUGGGAGUAAGGGAUAUAGGCGUUGCGUUGGAUAAGCCUUUGGACAUUCUCUUCACUCCCGCUUCUGUACAGAGCAUAAUAAUGGAAGCUCUGGCGCUUCCUUCCCUGAAUUCACUCACCAUUUCCUCUUCUAAUUUGAAGAAACGCAGUUUUGCCAGCUUGCCCAGAAGCUUAAAUCACUGCAAAUUUUACGAACAAUCCACCUUAAAGUUCAAUGGUGCCCACCGCCAUCAUUUCAAUGUUAUCAAAAUGCAAAGUGAUAGUGAAGACUAUGAGCUGAAGCAAAUGAGGGAUAUGGCUGCAGCUAAAAAGAGAUGGGACUCUCUGAUCCGAGAAGGCAAAGUAAAAGUUCUGGUGCCAAGGGAAGCUGGUUAUGCCAUUCAGCUCUCUGAUAAGACAUUGCUUGAUGUUCGUCCUUCUACAGAACACAAAAAGGCAUGGGUUAAAGGCUCAACGUGGAUCCCAAUCUUUGAUGUUGAUGAUAAACUUGAUCCUGGAACUCUUUCUCGAAAGGUCACAAGCUUCAUGAUGGGGGGUUGGUGGAGUGGUGUGCCUACAGUAUCCUACAAUAGCCGAUUCUUGUCAGAAGUUCAAGAGAAGUUUCCAAAAGAUGCUGACCUUAUUCUUGCAUGCCAAAAGGGAUUGAGGUCCCUAGCUGCAUGCGAGCUCCUCUACAAUGCUGGUUAUAGAAACCUUUUCUGGGUUCAAGGCGGUCUAGAUGCUGCUGAAGAAGAGGAUCUUGCCAGAGAAGGUCCUCAGCCUUUAAAAUUCGCUGGGAUUGGUGGACUUUCAGAAUUCCUUGGUUGGACAGAUCAACAAAGGAUGGCUGGUGCAAAAGAAGGUUGGGGUUAUCGCUUGGUUUACUCUGCUCGUCUGGUUGCAGUCUUUCUUGCUGCUGAUGCCCUGUUUAUUGGCGCUCAGCAAUUGGGUCGCUAUGUUCAGGAAUUACGGUCUCACUAAGAUCACUAGCUGGGGUUCGUGUAGUAGGACGAAAGACAUGUGAGACUAAGGUCUGAAGUUUUGGCUAGAGUAGAGAGUUCUGUCUGAUGGGGAUGCUUGGAAUUAAUGAUAUGUAUAGGAGAGAUCUGCUGAUGCUCUGGUGUAUAUUCUUGAGUCUAGUUCUCAUUUUUUAGCAAGACUCCCAUUUUGCAGUACUAGGGAAGAGGUAGAGAUUUUGAGUUGGAAUUUACCACUUGAAGCAAGUUCAUGAGUGAGGAAUAGCAUUUAUUGUAUGCAACUCUGGGCAUUUCUUCAUAGUAUAAUUUGCCUGUAUUGCACGCUUCAUCUCCUUCCAAAUCAAUCAUACAACAGUUAUAAUUCCUACA